AUGGCUUUGGGUAUCAAGCAGUUCAUCAACUUCGCGGGCAUUGCGCGCGAUUUGAAAAGUUUCAAUUUCAGUGUUUACGGCCAGUGGUUCGGAUACAUCAACAUUAUACUAUGCAUAGCGCUCGGAAUCGCCAACCUAUUCCACGUGAGCGGGGUGAUCGUGUUUGGCAUCAUCGCGAUAAUACAAGGAAUGGUUGUUCUCUUCAUCGAGAUUCCCUUUUUGCUGAAAAUUUGCCCUUUGAGCGACAACUUCAUUGAGUUCAUCAAACGGUUCGCGACCAAUGGUAAACGAGCGCUGUUCUACCUAGCAAUGGCCGCAAUUCAGUACUGCUCGAUGUCCGUGAUGGUCACCAGCCUGGUGGUCGUUGCUGUCGGGCUGACAAUCUCGUCGCUGAGCUACGGAGUAGCAGUUGUGAAGCACCAGCAGUUCCAGAACACCAGCGUGAUCAAAAACCCGGCCGACGACGAUUUCCCGCACGAGGCUGUGGUGCGUGAAAUGCUGUAG